AUGCAGAACCCCGGGCUGUCCAUCCUCAACGCCGAAUCUUUCGACGAUGGUAUGUCGGGCUUUCGCGCACCAAGAAGUCUGCCCACCGGGGGGAAACCUGGUGCCGACACCAGUGAGGAACCAAAACGAUCUUCCAAGAAACGGUCAAAGGCCCAGUCUGCAGAGGUAGUAGAACUUGAUGAGGAGGAAAAGAAGCGGUCAAGGGGAAGACCACGCCUAGAUACCAAUGAUGAGACCGCAAAGGACCGUCGUCGAACACAAAUUCGGCUCGCUCAGAGAGCCUACCGCAACCGCAAGGAAACAGCGAUUCAAUCGCUCGAGAAGAAGGUCGACGAGUUGAGACGCACCAAUGAAGAAAUGAGCAAGGAAUUUAUGAAACUCUAUGACUUCGCCGUUAGCAAAGGCAUGCACGAGAGCACGCCCGAAUUUGGACGACAACUUCAGGCCACGACAGAAAAGUUUGUUUCUUUGGCAAGGAAGACGAGCGAGGAGCCAGAAAAGGAAGGCGACGUGCUUCCAAGCCAGGAAAAUGAUGGAGACGCCGAGGAUGUUGACGGCCCUGCCAGUGGGCGAGAAAGGAGCAACCAAAAGUCGCCAUCUGCCGAAAUUGCUAAGCCGAUUGAGCAAGUCAUAUACGAUGCUCUGUCAAGCGAGCAGCCGCAGCAGCACCAGCUUCGGUCGACACCUCGAACACAUGCGAUGACUGCGGUGCACACAACAUCUUGGGCGCCGGAUAGUCAGUCACAUAUGCCGCACUCGACACUAUCCCAGGCUCCAAUGGGCUACGAGAUUGUGACGGAACCGACGCCGGAUAAUGCUAGUUUCCCAUUCGGUAUGUCCUAUGAACAUAGCCUGGACCAACCAGGCACUUUCGAUCUACUCGCCAACCAGCCCUUCUCUGAAUCCCUAUUUAACAUUCUCUCUUCACCGACCUCCUAUGCCCACCAGGAGCGGACGUUUGGGCGGCGUCUGCAACGAUCAACUCUAGAAAAGGCUUACACGUUGCUCCGCAUGCCCAACCCGCCGAGCAGCCUCAUCAACAGCGCCUUCGGUUUCAGUUUACUUUUCGAGCCCAAAGAGAGGAUCGUGGAGCGGAUCGCUAACCGUCUCAGUGUCAACCAACGGGAAACAAUGUUUAACUGGAAGUUUCCAUUUUUACACCUAGGGGGCGGGGGCACGUGGUUCGACGAGAUGAAUGACUUGGAUGAGAUGGCGUACCCGAGCGGCCACAAACAGAGGAAUCCGGUGGGAAACCAGGGGACGGCCGAGCCGUAUCGGCAAAAGGUCGACUCACUCUAUGGCAUGGGGCCGUGGGAUGCGCCGACGGAAGAGAUGCGAGACCUACGAGUGGAACGUGCCGCCGCGAGACUUCGAAUGAACGUCCCAGGCCUGCAAGGCGACUUUUACGAUGCGGACGAGGUCGAAUGGGUUCUUCGGAGACGAGGAGUUGAUAUUCCCGCCGCUGCGGAUUUCGUCACGGCCGAGAUCAAUCCAGCAGACUUUUCGGAUGACACGGCGGUUGCCGGACGCGCUCUCGGCAGCGGACUCGACAGCAACAGCAGCAGCAGCAUUAACAACGCCUCCGAUAUCUUCAGCAGUUACGGAACGAGCCCUGGAGACGCCGCUGCCAGGCAAUGGCUUGGGCAGACUUUGAAACCGACGAGGCCGUCUGAUAUACACUUGGGCGAUACACGAUCUGUUGGGCAGUCUAGCGACGCGGCUUCUAGCCAGAUGCCCCUGGACCCCAGUCUUGCUGGCGAUAUAUUUGGGCUGGAGAGCACUUCUACCAACCAGACUACGACGUCCGGGUCAAAGCGGAGGGCGGUGACGAUCAACGUUGGGGUCCUCGUUCAAGGCAUGUUCAUAUUUCCGAGCAGAGACCCUUCCACAAUCUGCGAUAGACGAUGCUGA